AUGGCUUCAAAUCUCUUGUUUCCAGAAACUAAUGUGAACCUUAUAAUAACUGGACCUCCACAGACUGGAAAGAAAUCUUUUAUUCAAGCACUGACCAAUAAUAGUUUGGUAAUACCCGAGUCCGAAGAUGACAUUUCUUCAGUACAUGCUAUGAGUUUCGAAGUGCAUGGUAAAAGUAUUCUGGUUACUGUGUGGUACGUGAGAAACCUUGAGAAGUCGAUAGAACAAAUAAAACUUAUCUGCCUUGACAGCAGUUCGAACAGUGUGAUACUUUUCUGGUAUGCUAUUGAUGCUCAUCAAUCUCUGGAAAAACUUUCAAAAGACUAUAUAACGGUAUUAAGGCAACAAGGCAGAUUUCAUUUUCUCUCUCUUCUUGUAGGCAAUAAGGCAGACAUGAGGCUUGAUAGCUUACGGCCUUGUCUUCAAUAUCAACAGGGAGAGACUAUAAGAAAUAGUUUCCAUCUCGGCGGUUUUAUUGAAUGCUCGGCUAUCAUUGAACAAAGUGUAAGAAAAGUGUUUAUAAAAGCUGUAUUCAUUGCAUUGGGACUUGAAGACGAUUAA